AUGGGGGCCUGCAACUCUAUGGAAAAGAUCUUUAUAAUAGAUUAUGAGAUGAUGAGGAUCCUGAGCCAAGGGCACUUUGCCCAGGUCAAACUUGCCUUCCACGAGGCCACCAUGACCUAUGUGGCAGUAAAAUUCUUAGAAAUAGCAAGAAGAGAGCCUUCCUCAUCAACAAUGAAAUCUAACCCAUAUAUAAUAAAGCUCUUUGACGUGGUGCAGACCAGAGAGACCACCUACCUUGUGAUGGAGCAUGCCCCACAGGGAGAGCUGAUGCAGCGCAUCCUCCAACUGGGCUAUUUAGAGGACAGCGAGGCUCUGAGCCUGUUUUCCCAACUACUGCAUGAGGUGCAGUACUGCCAUGACAAUUACAUUUGCCAUAUAGACAUAACAGCCAAGACCGUUCUCCUCGACAGCAAGGGGAAUGCCAAGCUGAGCGAUUUUGGCCUGGCCUGUCACAUCACUCCUGGGAAGAAGCUAGUGGGUUGCUGUGGCACUCUGCUCUACUGUGCCCCGGAACUCUUUAGAGGGGAGGCAUAUGAUGUAUUACCCACAGACGUGUGGAGUUUAGGGCUUCUCUUCUUCCUCAUGGUGGCUGGGCACUUUCCCUUCCAGGCCAGCUCUUUUGAGCUCCUGAAGGUGCAGAUCAGCUCUGCCUUCUUCCUCAUUCCUCAGCAUGUUUCCAGCAACAUUUUCAAUGUCAUUCUUGAACUGCUCAUGCUCAAUCCUCCAGGGAGGCCCACCAUGGACCAAAUCAUGGCGUGCCCCAUGCUCAGGGGCAGAGAGGCACACGGUCUCCUUGGCACCACAAGCCCAAGUGUGCCUGCCACCCUGUGCUGCCAGCCAAAGACGACCUCCCAUUGCCAUGAAUCAAGCCUGGACAUGCACAUGACUAAUUCCCUCAAGGACGUCAGCCUCAAAUUGAAUGAGAAGUUUUCACAGUCCAAGAUUGACUUCUGUGGCAGCCUGAAUCCAAGUGUCCAGCUGUCUGUAUUUCAGAGCAAACUGCUCUGA